AGGUUCAAUGUCACUCAUCGCCACACACACAAAACAUCUAGCACUACUCUUCAAUAUUAGCAAUGGCAGUUCCCAAGCUUAAGCUCGUCAUCGCCCUUUUCUUCCUUCAAGCCCUCCUCACAUCCCAUAUCCAAGCCGGUCCGGCAAACUCCGAUCUCUUCCGAGAAUACAUAGGAGCCGAAUUCAACAACGUCAAGUUCGAUGUCCCCAUAAACCCUAAUGUCGAAUUCCACUUCAUCCUCUCCUUUGCCAUAGACUAUGACCCCUCAGGCUCCUCUCCCACCAACGGCAAAUUCAAUGUCUUUUGGGUCGACAACCUUAGCCCUUCCCAAGUUUCCUCCAUAAAAAACCAACAUUCUAACGUUAAAGUGGCCUUGAGCUUAGGAGGAGACAGUGUCGGCAGUGGUUCUGCCUACUUCAACCCUUCCUCGAUUGAUUCCUGGGUUUCAAAUGCUGUUUCUUCACUCACAAGCAUCAUCCAACAGUACAACUUGGACGGAAUCGACAUUGAUUACGAGCACUUUCAAGCGGACCCUGAUACAUUUUCCGAGUGCAUUGGAAGGCUUAUAACAACCCUAAAGAACAAUGGAGUCAUCUCAUUUGCUUCCAUUGCUCCGUUCGACGAUGAUCAAGUUCAGAGUCACUACUUGGCCUUGUGGAAGAGCUAUGGCCAUUUGAUUGACUAUGUCAAUUUCCAAUUUUAUGCAUACGAUCAGGGCACCACAGUGUCUCAGUUCAUCAAUUAUUUCAACACUCAGAGCUCCAAUUACAACGGCGGACAGGUCUUGGCAAGCUUUAUCAGUGACGGGAGCGGCGGAUUGUCUCCGGAGAACGGUUUUUUUAAAGCCUGCCAUAGGCUCAAGAGUGAGGGAAAACUUGGUGGUAUCUUUGUUUGGUCUGCUGAUGAUUCCAUGAAACUUGGUUUCCGCUACGAAAAGCAAUCGCAAGCUCUCUUGGCCAAUAACUAGUACUAUAUAUUGUUAGAUCGAUCUUAUGUUUGCGUUGUAUAUGAGUGUGAUUAAGAAGUAGGCUCUGGAAUCGGAUUCCAGAGUAUUAUGUUACUACUUAUUAUAUACUGUACUAUGUACUAGAGUUUAUUUUACAUAUUUCAGGUUGUCUUAUAUAUGUCAGAGAGCUACGUUUUAUAAAAAUUUGCUUCUUUUCAAUGAAAGAGUUUUUAGUGUGCCUGAAACUUGGCCUUUAAUUACAUAA